AUCAUGGCAGAUGAUCAGCAAACAAGCAUUCCCUUAUUGGAAGAUUCAACUCCAAAAGUACAUCCUCCAAAUGAAGAUGAAGAUAUUGUAAGACGGGUGUGGAUUGAAUCGAAGAAGCUAUGGCAUAUCGUCGCCCCUGCAAUCUUAAGCAGAGUAAGCACCCAUUCCGUCAUGGUAACUUCCCAAGCCUUCGCCGGCCGUUUGGGUGACCUUGACCUUGCCGCCAUUUCCAUCGCCCUUAAUGUCAUCAUCGGCUUUGACUUGGGACUUAUGAUGGGAAUGGCUAGCGCACUGGAGACAUUAUGUGGGCAGGCGUAUGGGGCGAAGAAGCAUUACAUGCUGGGAGUCUAUUUACAACGCUCAUGGAUGGUUCUCUUCAUUUGCUGCGUUUUGCUCUUGCCUGUAUUCCUGUUCGCAUCUCCCAUUCUGAAGGUGAUAGGUUUGAGUGACGAGUUGGCGGAUCUAGCGGGAGUUUUAGCAAGAUGGUUGAUUCCGUUGCAUUUCAGCUUUGCGUUUUACUUCCCAUUACAGAGGUUUUUGCAGAGCCAAGUGAAGGCCAGGGCGAUUAUGUGGGUGGCGGUGGUGGGGCUUGUAGUGCACGUGGCGGCCAGUUGGGUGUUUGUGGGUUUGUUGAAGAUGGGGGUGGUGGGAAUUGCGGUGGCAGUGGAUAUUUCUUGGUGGGUUCUGCCUAUUGGGCUGAUGGCUUACAGCGCCGGCGGUGGCUGCCCUGACACUUGGACUGGAUGCUCCUUCGAAGCUCUCUCUGGUCUUUGGGAUUUUCUUAAACUCUCUGCUGCUUCAGGGGUUAUGCUAUGCCUAGAGAAUUGGUACUACAAAAUAUUGAUAGUGAUGACGGGGAAUAUGAAGAACGCCAAGAUUGAAGUGGAUGCUUUAUCUAUAUGCAUGGGUAUCAACGGAUUAGAAUUUAUGAUUCCUCUAGCAUUCUUUGCGGGUACAGGAGUAAGAGUGGCAAAUGAGCUUGGAGCCGGCAAUGGAAAAGAAGCCAAGUUUGCAGCCAUUGUCUCAUCGACAACAUCAUUAAUAAUUGGGCUUGUAUUUUGUUGUCUGAUUGUGAUAUUUCACGACAAAUUUGGUCUUCUUUUCUCCUCUAGUGACAUUGUUCUUCAAGAAGUCAAUAAACUUAGCAUCCUCUUGGCCUUCACUAUUCUCUUCAACAGUGUCCAGCCAAUCCUCUCCGGAGUGGCGGUUGGAUCAGGUUGGCAAUCUUAUGUAGCCUAUAUAAACUUGGGUUGCUAUUAUUUCAUUGGUUUGCCUCUUGGAAUUUUGACACUUUGGUUUACGGAACUUGGUGUUAAGGGAAUUUGGAUGGGAAUGAUAUUUGGAGGAACAGGAAUCCAAACGCUGAUAUUGCUCAUUAUUACUAUUCGAUGUGAUUGGGAAGGGGAGGCUAAGAAAGCAAGUUUGCGGAUGCAGAAAUGGACAGAUCAAAAGUUUUCGCCAAAUGAAUGAUUUUUUUUUUUUUACAUGUAAUACAUCGAAUUCUAUAGAAAUUAUCC